AUGGCAGAUUCAACAAUCCCUUCCUCCUCUUCCUCUCAUCCAUUACCGCACCUCGCACCCGUAGGAGACGGCCCGCACGAAUCGGUAGAUAUCGAUCCUGGACCUUCCAGUCGACCAUUCACCGAUGCCCAGGUGGAAGAGUUCAGAGAACAAGAUAGGUGGUUGCCUAUAGCAAACGUAGCUCGAAUUAUGAAAACUUCAUUACCAGCUUCAGCGAAAGUAUCGAAAGAAGCUAAAGAGUGCGUUCAAGAAUGCGUAUCAGAAUUCAUAUCGUUCAUUACAUCCGAAGCGGCCGAGAAAUGUCUAAAGGAGAAACGCAAAACGCUCAACGGGGAAGAUAUACUCACAUCGAUGCGAUCAUUGGGAUUCGAUAAUUACGAAGGGGUAUUAAGGGUCUACUUAGCCAAAUAUAGGGAUUCACAUCAUUCGACGAAUAAACGUGGUGGGGAGGACGACGAUGGGGAUGUCAUUUCGCUGAAUGGUGAGCCUAAGAAGAAGAGAGGUAGAGGUAGGCAGAGUACGACGGGAACUGCUGGGGGAAGUGCAGCCAAUUCGGUGGAUGGGAAAGGGAAGAAGAGGAAGACGGACGAUGAACAGGUUGAUACAAGGUAG